CAUUCGACGUUGUGCUAAGAAUGUGGUUUAAUGACGUUUGACCUUUUUUUUUUUUUGGUGGAGCCGCCAAUCUACCGACUACCACAUACCCUCACCUCUAUACUAUUUUAUUGUAUUGCCCCCUUUUUUUUGAUAGGCACUAUUGACAAACUGACAUUGCCGAGCGGCUAGAUAGAGAAACAAACGACGUUGGGGGCCGGUUGAUACGACGUGCCUAGGCUAGAAGGGCAAGGAACAAGAGGGGGAAACAAGGGGAGUAGAUGCAGGGCAAGUUACGCGACAAAAGUCCGUUUGCAUCUUUAUUUAUUCGUCCUUUUACAACGCACAGAAUCCCCCUGUUUCCAAACAUUCUUUUCUUCUUCCUCAUUGCUUCUGCUUCCUGUCUUGCCUGCUGUGGCCUGUUUGCUGCUUGCCAUUCGUUCGUUCCUUUUGAGCUACUUGCUUUUUCUACUGCACCGUAGAAAGGGUCCGAGCAAACAUCCAUCAGCUUCUCCCCCCUCACCUCACAAGACAGCCCUAAAACAAGCAGAAACAAUGCACGUCGACAUCCCCAGCGUCCUAGCGGGAUUUGCCUGCCUUGCAACCGCGGUGUCCGGGUCCGCUCUGCCUCCCGCGUCUUCGGCAGAGAAGCUCCUAACCUCGUUACAGAAGCAGGCCGUCGCGGCUUUGAAGGAGAGGGGAGCAGGUGCGAACGGAUGCACAGUUGAAAAUGCCGCUGUUAGGCGUGAUUGGGCAAAGUUGAGCAAGAAGGAGCGGAAGGAGUACAUCCGGGCAGUGCAGUGCCUCCGCAGCGCGCCGGCCAAAGGAGACCCUUCCUUUGCGCCCGGGGCCAAGACGCGCUUCGACGACUUUGUGGCGGUCCACAUCAACAACACCCUGUCCAUCCACGGCACGGGCAACUUUUUGACGUGGCAUCGGUACGUCACCUGGGCGUACGAGAAUGCGCUCCGCGAGGAGUGCGGCUACAAGGGGACCCAGCCCUACUGGAACUGGUUCCACCGCGCCGACGACAUGACCAAGUCGCCCGUCUUUGACGGCUCCGACACCUCGCUGGGCGGCAACGGCGAGUUCAAGGCCCACAACGGCACCCUCGGCGGCGCCGGCGCCAUCUUCAUCCCUCCCGGAGUGGGUGGCGGCUGCGUGACCAAGGGCCCGUUUGUCGACUUCCCCGCCAACAUCGGCCCCGUCCGCCCGGGGAUGGACGGCAUGGUCCCCUCGCCCACGGGACCGCUGGGGCCGAACCCGCGCUGCCUGACGCGGGACCUGAGCAACGUGGUCUCGCGCACCUACUUCACCCACGCGAACCUGCACAACCUCACGCUCGGCGCCGCGUCGGGCUCCAUCGAGCUGAUGCAGAACGAGUUCCAGGGCCGGUUCGCCGACGGGUUCCUGGGCAUGCACGGCGCCGGCCACUUUGGCGUGGGGGGCGACGCGAGCGACCUCUUCUCGUCCAUCACCGACCCCUCCUUCUACAUGCACCACUCCAUGGUCGACUUUGUCUACUGGAUCUGGCAGGCUCUGCACCCGGACCUGGCCGGCGACAUUGCCGGCAGCAUCACGGUGAACAACAGCCCGCCCAGCAGGGAGGCGAGGAAGGACGACCUGCUGCCCAUGGGCGUGACCACCCAGGACAGGCCGAUUGGCGAUCUUUUGGAUACGCUGGGUGGCACGCCGGGAUGCUACAUUUUUGAGUAGUGGUGAUGUGUGCUGGGGGAUAGAGUGGAUGGUGGAGGUUUGGUGGAUGUUGUACUUGUGAAUGAUGCAUGUACUUGUAAAUAAUGCAUUUCUUUUCUUUUAUGGUUUCCUUCUGACGUUGUCUCUGAUUGGACUUUGGCUCAGACAGGAUUGAUGAAAUAGAAUUCUAUCAAGUAUCAACCAACCUUCGGAGUUUGUUUCCGAUUGAUUAACAGGUUUUCAC